ACGGUGCCACAAACCCUAGAGCCUUCUUCUUCCUCUUCCUCUUCUCGUCUUUUCGCUUCUACUCAGAGCUUGAGGUCCCAACGCGCUGUUUGGCCUCGUAAUCCAAUUCGACGGAUAUUAUCUCGAUCUCUCUCGAGUCGAAGAUCGCAAGAUUUCUGUACAGUUGUAAAGGCAGUAGCAACCCCAGAUCCAAUCUUGGAAGUACCCCUGACGGAGGAAAAUGUAGAAAGCGUUUUAGAUGAAAUCCGACCAUACCUUAUGUCUGAUGGUGGUAACGUGGCAUUACAUGAGAUCGAUGGAAAUAUUGUGCGGGUCAAGUUGCAGGGAGCGUGUGGAUCAUGCCCUAGUUCUGUUAUGACAAUGAAAAUGGGUAUUGAGCGUCGUCUAAUGGAAAAGAUCCCUGAAAUAGUGGCUGUGGAAUCAGUUCCAGAUGAAGAGACUGGCCUCGAACUGAAUGAGGAAAACAUUGAAAAGGUGCUGGAAGAAAUCAGGCCUUACUUAAUCGGAACAGCAGAUGGGUCGCUUGAUCUGGUGGAGAUCGAAGAGCCCAUCGUGAAGAUAAGAAUCACAGGUCCUGCUGCUGGAGUCAUGACAGUUCGAGUAGCCGUAACUCAGAAACUCAGAGAGAAAAUUCCAGCAAUUGCAGCUGUUCAACUUAUAUAA